GUGACGUAGGCGUUUCUCCGCUUUGGCGCGAUGUACAAACAAAUUUGAAAGUCGGAGGAUUCAAACAGCUCACAGACGGAGAGCAGAGCGGACUACAUCACCGUCUUCAGAGGCUAAAAGCGUGGCUAGUGGGACUGCAAGCGCUACAGGAGGGAUGUCGUGGGACUUUUUUGUGCCCGUGUGCGUGGGUGACCUGGUGAAGACCGGAGGGAUCAACCAGUACGUCGUUCAGGAUGUGGUUCCCCCAAAACAGCUCCCAUCCCAUCUCAGUAAAUUCAAGGCAGCUCUGCGAAGCAAGGGCCCUUUGUGUGUGUUGGAGCACUUUGACACAGGCUACAGCGUGCUACAGCACUGCAACUCAGUGGAGCUUGGUGUGAAAGAGGAUACUCUGGAAUCAUUAAUACAAGUGGUUAGUGGCCUGGCUGCUUCCCUCCCAGCACUUCUUCUCUCCACCUCGAUCUCAGCUGCAGAACGCAAAGAGAAGCUCAAUGCCGUUAAAAUGAGUGUAUACCUGCUCUGCAAACUCACAGAGACCCUUGAGAGUGACUCCUGUAGACAGAGUAUUAUCACAGCACCUGGAAAGGGUGGUAAAAAAGGUAAAGCUGGUGGAGAAGGACUGCUGCAGUGGGACUCUGAAAGAGAGAGGGUGCUCCAGGCCCUGAUCCAGCUCCUCCAGCUGGAUAUCCGUUCCCUCUGGAAUCUCUCCCUGGUGGAGGAAGAGUUUAUCAGCUGUGUGACCUGCUGCUGCUACAAACUACUUGAGAACCCAACCAUCAGCCACGUCAAGAGUAAACCCACCAGAGAUGGUAUUAUCCACCUGCUGGGGGUACUAAUCAAGAAGUACAAUCACCUCCUGGGUGCAAGUGUGAAGGUGAUCCAGCUGCUGCAACACUUCGAGCAGUUGUCAUCUGUGUUUGCCCAGGCAGUGUCUGUGUGGAGCACUGAAUAUGGAGUCAGGGGUAUUAUAGGAGAAGUUAUAAGGGAGAUUGGUCAGAAAUCAAGCGAGGAGCUCGCUAGAGAGGGGUCAGGGGUCAAAGCUUUUGCUUCCUUCCUAUCAGAACUCGGCACAUUGGUGCCUGAAUUGAUGAUCCCCAAUAUCAGUGUGCUCAUCACACACCUGGAAGGAGAGAGCCACGCAAUGCGCGUUGCUGUUUGCGAGUUGCUGGGAGAGAUCCUCGUGCGGGUGCUGUGUGGUGAUGGGCUGGACGAGUCUGGUAAAGCUGACAGAGACCGCUUCUUUGACACACUGCAAGAACAUCUGCAUGACACACACUCCCACGUCAGAGCACGUGUGUUGCAGGUUUACACACGCAUCGUCAACAGCAAAGCACUGCCACUGUGUAGGUACAGUGAGCUGAUGGAGCUUGCUGUGGGGCGCCUGAUGGACAAAUCUAUAAAUGCUGUGAAGAGCGCCAUUCAGCUGUUGGCAGCCUUCAUCGCACACAACCCCUAUAGCUGCAAGCUGAGCAGCGCAGAUCUGAAGAAACCGCUUGAGAAAGAGACUGCUAAACUCAAAGAGAUGAAAGAGAAACUGGAGGGNAGAGCACCAGUGGCGGUGAUUAAAGCAUCUGAGCUGUGGGCCGCCAUGGAGCCUGAGUUGCUCGUCACUGUCAGGACAGAGCUGGAGCCCACAAGUGAAACGGAGAAGGAGCAGCAACAGGAGGAGGAGGACGGCGGCGACAGGGAUGUGGAGGAAGACAAGGAGGAAGAGAACGACAGAGCAACUGCAGUGAAGAUUGCUCAGUACCUCCGUGUCAACAAGUACAGGAACGCUGUGCGUCUUUGCAUAAGAGCCCACACAUGCUUUCCCGAAUCUGAGAUGUUUGCUUCUCUGUCCACUCUCACCCCUGAGACUUUAAUGUACACCCUGGCUCUGAUUUUCAAAGGCUCUGACGAGGACACCUCUGAGCUCAGUCAGAACUUACCACCAACCCCACAGAAAGAGGCAGAGAAGGAGGGGGAGGAGGGGGAGCUGAAGAAGCAGGAGAUGCUGGUGCAGUACCUGAGAGACACAGAGACCUUCGCCUUACAAGUGGAAAGAGCGAUCUCUGUCAUUAACUCCAUGCUCUACUGGAAAACCACUUCAGUGGUCCAGGAAGCUGUGCAGUUUUGUGUGACAGUAUGCGAGUUCAGCGUAGCCAACUCCGUCAGCGGGGUGAGGAAGAUGUUGCCUCUGGUCUGGUCAACUGAUGCUGCCAUUAAGGAUGCUGUGGUUCAGGCCUACAGACGUCUGUAUCUGAACCCUCAGGGAGACACCGUCAGGAUGAAAGCCCAGACUCUUGUGGACAGUCUGUCAGAGCUGAUGGUGGAUGCUUCUCUGGGAACUAUCCAAUGUCUUGAGGAAAUAGUGCAGGAGUUCUUUGGCAGCAGCAGCAAUCUCCAGAUCACCGUAGUGCAGGUCUUGUGGGAGAGGUUUACUGGCAAACGCGAGACGUCUGGCUUACACAGACGAGCUGCAGUGUUACUGUUGGGCAUGGCUGCACGGGCAGAGAGGGAGGUGGUCCUCAGUAAUCUGGACACUCUUUGCUCCGUGGCUCUGGGAGAAAAAGUGACUGAAGACUUCCUCCUGGCCAGAGAUGCAGUUAUCACCAUCUGCAGCAUCACCGACCACGUCAGGCAAUCAAAAGGCGCUCCGUUCAGACUUCCCCAGGAUCAUCAGCUCUUCACCUGCCUCACACAGGCUGUCGCUGAAGGUGUGGUGAUAGAGGACCCGUACUGGCAGAGCUUCAUGGAACAGGCUGUCCGUCUCAUCUACUUCCUGGCUGAAUCCCCUGACCAGCUGUGCUCCCGGCUGCUCCAACGCAGCUCUCGUCUCUUACUGGAUCAGAUUUCAGAAGGUGGUGAAAUUAACAAGGACGCUGGCCAAACGCAGGACGGAUCUCAAGAGUCCGGCGAGCAAGGUGAACAAGUGAACUGUGUGUGUCUGGCCCAGCUGUUGGCUCUGUGUGGCUGCGUGGCUUUCUGGCAGGUAUCUCACCUUGAGCGCAGUGUGAGCGCCGAGCUGCGGAGGAGGAGAGGAGAGACAGAGGAGAGGGAGGAGAAGGAAAAGGGCCCAUCCAGCAAAGCUAAGCAAGCAGCUAAUGAAAGUGCUAUGGAGGAGGAGCUGGGGUUGAUUGGUGCCUCAGCUGAAGAUACAGAGGCCGAACUCAUCAGGAAGAUCUGCGAGACAGAAUUACUGGCUGAGGAAAACCUGCUGUGUGCAUUCCUUCCCCUGCUGGUGAGAGUCUGCAGCUCCCCAGGACGCUAUUCCCACCCACAGCUCACCACAGCUGCCUGCCUGGCUCUCUCUCAGUACAUGAUGAUAAGCCCAUCGGUGUGUGAAGAAAACAUCCGGCUCAUGUUUACGGUGCUGGAGCGCUCUACUUUUCCUGUGGUCAGGGCCAACGGCAUAAUCGCCCUUGGAGAUCUCACCGUCCGUUUCCCGAACAUUUUGGAGCCCUGGACGCAGAAUCUUUACGCCAGGCUCAGUGAUGAGGUUCCUUCAGUGAGGCAGACCGCUGUGACAGUUCUUACUCAGUUGGUGCUUAAGGACGUGCUCAAGGUCAAAGGUCAAGUCAGCGAGGUGGCUGUGCUGCUAAUUGACCCUGAGCCUCACAUUACCAGCCUGGCUCUGAACUUCUUCAACGAGCUGGCCUCAAAGGACAAUGCAAUCUACAACCUGCUCCCAGACAUCAUCAGUCGUCUGUCCGACCCAGAGAGAGGCAUGACUUCAGAGGACUUCAACACCAUCAUGAAACAGCUCUUCUCCUACAUCACUAAAGAAAGGCAGACCGAGUCUCUGGUCGAGAAACUGUGUCAGCGCUUUAGAACUGCCAAGACGGAGCGUCAGUGGUGCGACUUGGCCAUGUCUCUGUCUCUGCUGUCCAUGUGCGAGCGUGGUUUUAAGAGGCUGCAGGAAUGUUGGGAGUGUUACAGUGACAAGUUAACAGAGCCUGGAGUCUACCAGCCUCUACUCUCCAUCACGGCCAAACUCCGCCGUGGGGCCAAACCCCAGUUUAAGGCUCAGGUGGAUGAUUUUGAAAAGCGGCUGACUGCAGUUCACACACGAGGGCUGGAGAAUGUGGAAAGUCCUGAGAUGGAUGAGGAGAACCAGAGACAAGGAGGAUCCCCCGAGAAGACGGUCACGCAUACACCUCUGCCCGCCAGAGGCCGCGCAAGGACAAAGAGAGGUCAAGCAAAGCCCUCUGUGUCCAGCCGUGGUGAUGAAAGUUUUGUGACGCCUCGGAAAACUCGCAAGGCCAAGAAACCAGUCAUCACCUUCAGCAGUGAUGAAGAGGAGGAUGAAGAAGAUGCUGUCAUGGCCGAGAGCGAGACCCCGAAAGUGACGACACCAAUCGCCCGCACAUCCCGACGAGCUCGCCUCAGAAACUGAUCUGUCGUCUUUUGUUUGUUGUUUUGUCUUAUUUCUGUGUUUCCCUUUUAAUCUUUUUAUCUCAAAUGGAUGUAUUUCAUUUUUUUACUUACACUUUUAAUCUUUUUUUAAUAUUCUUUAAGAUAUUGGCACUAAGCCGAAGUAGCCUGAUGACGUAUCCACAGAACAUUGAAUCAAAGAUGUUUUUAAUAAACCUGCUCCUGGUUUUGAUAAGAAA